UUAAAUCAUUUAUUAUCUUCUCCUCUCUCUCUCUCUCUCUCUCUCCCUCGGUCGCAGUAAGAUUUCUCUCCGCAUCCGCCAUUAAACCUCUGCUUCGCUGUGCUCCUUGCUCUGUAUUCUCUACUACGCGAAACCAGUUGUAGGAACAGCUGUUACGUGAACCCAUUUGAUAUCUCAUUUGAUUUUUAAGCAUCUCAAUCAAUUUCUUCAUAGACUGCGUUCCGACCCUACGGAAAACCCUAGAGAGGACGACGGUCUCCUUUGUUGACCAUGAAAUUGGGGGUUUCCUCUGCUCGAAUUCCAUCUGUCGAGUUGAUCUGGUGCUAAUAGAGACCCUAUGCAAACCCUAGGCGGAGAGAUUGAUCUCGACUUGCCCUUUUUGGUGUUUUAAGAAUUGAAUUUAGCGACAUGUCGAGGCCCAUCCUGCUCGUCUUUCUGCUAGUCAUACUUAUAGUCACCUCUCAGUUCGAGUGGAGGCAACCCCUUGUUUCUGACCUCGAUGCAACUCCGAGCCUGUCUCAGAAACAGCUUCAAGCAUCGAAAAGGGAAGAAUCCGUGAAAGAGAAGAUCAUUCUGUCGCAAGAGAGGCAUAUCCAGAGGCUAAAUGGCAUCGUUCGGAACCUGCAGCUUCAAUUGGUGGAAUGCGUGGGACAGAACGGGACAAAAAACGCUACCGAAAACUACAAUCUGGACAAGCAAUUCAUCAAACUCGACAGGAAACACAUCCUGGAAGACUAGGGCUCCUGUCUCUCCUGAGUUGAUAUAUGACCAAAACGGUAAACUUUAAGUUGUAAAAAAAAAAACCCUCUUUUGAUCCGUUAUGUUCCAAGUGUUGUAUUUUUUUUUUUUGUACAUUACACUGAAUCUCUGACUGGGUCUAAGCCGAGAAUGGUCAGAGAGUUGUGAGUCUGAUUCGUGAAAGAAGGUUUGAGAAAUCUUCUGUUUGAAAUUCGGGGGAUAGAAUUGUUCUCAAAA